CUCUCUCGUCCCUCCCUCGCUCUCCUGCACGGAGCUGCAGUAUAUGAGAGGGUCUCCUGGGUCUAGCUUCACUGCAGUGUAGAGAAGGGCAGGGCGGCUGUUUUAGUACGAUGCGCUGAAGGAUGGUGCACCAGGAGAAACGCGUUUACCAGGCCCAGAGGAAUGAGAGAGAGUCCAUCAGGCAGAAACUUGCCUUUGGCAGUUUCUAUGACGACGAGCCAGUCAUCUACACCAGCUGCAGCAAGAACGGCCCAUCUUCCCGACGGCAGAGUGGGGUGAACCUGCAAGUGUGUUUUGUCAAUGACAGCAGCAGUGACAAAGACAGCGAUGCAGAGGACAGCAGGACAGAGACCAGUUUGGACACACCACUGUCACCUAUGAGCAAGCAGAGCUCGUCAUUAUCGGACCGAGACACAGCGGAGGAAGACUCAGACCCGUUAGAUGACUGCGGCGGGUUCUGGCGGGUGCAGCGGAGGCUGCAGGAGGAGGCACGGGUGGCGUUGGCUCUGGCCCGACCCAUGGCCCGCAUGCAGGUGGAGGUGGAGAGACAAAUCCAACUGCACAGACGUUCACCUGUGGCUGACUUGCUCCCCCAUAUGCCCCACAUCAGCGAGGGUUUGAUGAAGAGAAAUCUGAGGCGGGGGGACAUGAGGGACAUGAGUUUGGGACAGCUGCAAGUCAUCACAAAUGACCUACACUCACAGAUUCAGAGUCUAAAUGAGGAGCUGGUGCAGUUGCUGCUGUUGAGGGACGAGCUGCAUGUGGAGCAGGAUGCCAUGCUGGUAGACAUAGAGGACCUGACCAGGCAUGCUCACACACAUCAGCGGCACCAGGCAGAGAAAGCGAUAUCUAAAUAAAACACCCCAUCUACACGUGUGUCCGUCUGCACGCCAUCUUUACCUCCCGCUCCAUGGACUGUCACCAGUGUUAACUAAUGAAACUUCAUCUGUGCUGACUGGAGAAAUGAAUACACCAUAUACUGUAAUAUUACCACACAGACACAUUCAUAAUGUAUUGCACCGCAGGACGCUGUUGAAGGACUGAGGACCCGACAUCUAAAAGAAUCUGAAUCGUCACUGCUUUCUGUAUGCACACUGUUGAGUUUGUGCAGGCUUUUCAUCAUGCCAUAUUUCCUAGAAUUAGGGGAAUCCUCUCAGUUUAAUUCCAUCCUUAGCCCUGAUUUGCCUCUUCAUGAUUUUGCACGGUACACUCAUGUAUGUUAAUGCUGGGUUGAAGAGAGCGCCUGCACGCCUUGUUUCUCCAUUGUCUCAGAAAGGAUGCUGACUUCUAGGGACCACGCUUGACUGAACUGAAGAUCAAUUUGUCUUUUUGCUUGUCUUUGUAAUAAUCAAGAGGACUGAUCAGUUCAUCUGUAGACAUCCCUUGUUCACCUGUUUACCAUAAGAGCACUGUGUCAUCAGAACUCACUAUUAAACAUCUACUAUCUGAGCUGUUGCAAUAUAAAAUGAUAAACACUGUACUGACUUGCAGCUUAGCUUCACAGUGGUGUUUAAAUGCUGCUGCAGCUUCACAGAGGUUCUCUUAAGGAUCAUUAAGACACAAAAUUGGAUGUAACUCGAAAGCUGCUACAGUUUCAACCUGCUUUAAAAGAUGAAUUUAGAGCUAUACUGGACAACGUUGUCAACUUUAUUCAGACAAAUUUUAAUUUUAAAUGCCUUCAUCUACUCAAUAGAAGAGACAAAAUGACAAAAUGUGGGUUAAAAUAAAAUUCUUGGUUAACAAUAGUGAUCGAAAAUGUGGAGGUAUGUUGAUAUGAACAGCCCCUAAAUAAAAAUAUGCAAAGUCACUUUUGUUAUACACAAUUUACUCAAGCUAAAAAGGGUAAACAUAAACAAAUAUAUGAACAGAUCACAGACAAAACAUAUCUAUUUUAUCUCAUGAAAAAAAAUUAUGGACAUACUGUAUGUAAAUGUUAAAAGAUACUUUAUUAAAAGGAUGAAGAACAUGCCUCAUCGUCUGGCUGUGUUUAAGUGUUGUCACUCACCUUUUUAAGAAUGUCAUUUAACACAAAGUUUCUUUUUCUAUUGUAUGCUUCAUUGAUAAAUGUACUGUAUGAUGAUUGUAAAAAAAAAAAGAGCAUAAACGCCAGUAAUAAAUGUUUCAAGUUA